UUCGAGUCUGUUGCCGCCGCGUUGUUGAAUCAUUUCCCACGUAGUGCGCGCACACCGCCGCAUCGCACGCACAUAUGUUUUUUCCGUUUGAAAAAUAAUAAUAAUAUGUACAAUGCAGAUAAACGCGAUAACAACAAAUAAUAAUAAUCGAAUUGUAACAUAAAAAAAUAUAUAUGUAUAUACACCUAUACAUAUAGAAUUUUAUUAUUAUUAUUAUUAUUUUUUUACAUCAUUAAUCGCUUCUUUUUUUUUCAAUUUUGUUAUCACAACAACCAUUUUUUUUUUUUAAUAUACCCAUAUAUAAUAAUAUAAUAUAAAAAUUAUUAUAUAUUGUAAUAUAUUAUUUUUAUUACCGUAUAGUUCGUUUUUUCGUUUUUUUUUUGCUGUUUUUCAAACGACCGUCCGGUCCGGAUCGUUUAUUCUGCCGACAAGAGGAGAGUGUUUGUUUUUUUUCGAAUAUUGUCCUUCGUUUGUUUGUACUUUCUGUUUUUUUUUUCUAAAAUUUUUUUAACGCGAUAAUAAUUACAAAAAUACAUUAUACAUAACAAUCAUGAAAAAACACGGUCGACCCGUCAUCUUUCGUCGAUACCGUUGUCAUUAAAAUUAGUAUCUAAUCGGCGAAAACGACGGUCGGGUUAGGUUCAGCCACUGGCUUUGUGUGUUUACAUUAUGUUAAAUUUGAAAUAUUAAUAAUAUACCAAUUAUUAAUAUCUCUGUCAGCCGCUCGGCCGCCUAGAAUAACGAAAAGCCACCGACCUGUACCUGCUGGAAAAGAAGAAUUAACAAAAUAACCCCAAUGACAAGAGCUGUCCGACCAACUACGCUUUGACGACGUUUCAUCAUCGUUCCACGUCUGUGAUACAAGUUUUUAUACGUUUCGAUUUUCCACUCUCUUGUUAAUUUUUUUUUGAGAAAUAAGUUGUUUUCUUUCCGUGGAAAAAAAUUGUCUACCGUCUUCCCUCUACGACGUAUCGCCAGCCGAAUUACCAUUUACAAAAACCGAGUUUGCAGCACUCACUUUGUAGUCUGUCGUCUAUUUAUAUAAAUAUAUAUAUAUAUAUAUAUAUAUGUCUUCUGUUUGGUUCACCGGUCGCCUACAACAAAUAUCGUAAUAUGUCUGUCAAAGAUGGACCCGUCGUCAAAAUGGAUGUGGACUGCCCGUCGAGCCUGAAGCGAUCUAACAGCGCUCCAAUGAUCAACGACAUUAAUAACACAAUCACUGCAUCAUCAGGCACUCCGUUGUCUAGAGAAAAUCAAUGUAAUGUAUUUCUUAAAACUGUACAACCUCGGUUCCGUAGAUUUAGUACGAGUGGGAGUCCAAAUAUAAUUCCUCAUACUUCUCCAAAAUUAGUGCACCGAGUUAAUCAGUUGCGACAAGAAGAAACUAUCGACUUGAUUAACCGUGAAGUGGCUCAUGAGAGAGAAAUACACUCGGCAAUGCAAAUAUCACAAUCUUGGGAAGAUCUCUCAAUCAUGAUAGAUUCGCCUUCAAAAGUAAUUAAUAUAGUAGAUGGGGAUGGACAAUAUGGAAAACCUACCGGCAGAUCUAAUCUGUACGAUCCUUUGCAUUUAAAUUUAUCUAUGGCCUCAGCUCCGUCUUCACCAUCACCGACCAGGUCAAUGAGGCAUUGCGUUUCACCGUCGUUAUUUAAGCCGAGCCUGUCGCCAAGUCCUACUCGUAAAACAUUUACUUCGGGUCGAAGCCUGAGCCCUAUAUCGAUGCGACCCAGCUCUCUGGGACCGGUGAAGAGAAAGUGCGAAAUGGACGAUUACGAACCGAUAACGAAGAAAUGGGGUUUACUGAUUACCAACACUAGACCCGAACCGAUGCAAGUGUCUGGUCUUGUUCCUACAACGAUGGAUGCUACCUUAGUCACUGAAUCCAUAUGCAGUAGUAGUGGCGACUCAUCCAAUAGUAACCAUUCUUUUUCGUUUAGGCCGCUGCAAACACUCAUGGACGAAUCAAAAACAAACUCCCAAUAACUUAUUACGAUAAAUUAUAUACCUACCCGUAUGAGUUUUUAUCAUCUCUAUUAACGCAAUAGAUAUUUCCCCCGUAUUUUUAAUGUUGAACCAUUAUUAUGAUUUUGUUUUUUGGCUAUUAUUAUUAUUAUAAUUAUUAUUAUUAUUAUUAUUAUUAUUAUAACCAUGAUUAUUAUUAUAAUAUUAUCAUUAUUGUCAUGACGCUUGUUUAAUAAAAAAAAAAAAAAAAAUCUAGACGUAACGCGAAUAAAAUUGUUGUUGUUGACUAGUCCGUCGUUGUACAUAAUAUUACUGUUAUAUAUAUAUAAACUAGUGUUUUAAAAUGAACUUGUUUUCAAUCGAAAACAAAUUUUGAUCUAACCAAAUUAUUGUAACGAACAAAAUAACCGUACGCGACCGAUUCAUCUGCAUUCGAAUUAUAUUUAAUUUAUAAAAUCGUCUCUCGACAUUUUUAAUUUGUUAGAAAAUUACAUAUAUAUUUGUUUACUGUGAUGUGUGAUAAGUUCAGUAAGUUGAAGUUUAUAUAGGUUUUACAUAAUAUUGCUGAAGUCAUAUAACAUUUGUAAAACAAAACACAACCGGCAUGUGUCGUUUUUUUUUUUUUUAAAUUACUGUUCUUUUUUUCACUUGAUUAAAACCGUCACAAACAUUGUAGUUAAAUAAUAAUUAUAUAGGUAUAAUCCUGUAUUAUAUAACUGCUAGGUUUUUGAUUUUUUUUUUUUUAACAUAAUACUUAUGACCAGAAUUUUGUUGUUGUUUAUUUUUUUUUUUUACUCAAAUGACAUAACUGUAUUAAUUAAUUACAUUUACUUACCAAUACUGUGAAAUGUUAAUCAGUAAUGGGUUUACAUUAGUUUUUUCCCCCCACAAAGACUGCUGUGAAUGUUAAUUUAAUUUUUUUUUGCAUUACCUACAUAAUACUGUGUUAACUAUUUAGUUAAACAGCUUACCGUUGGCAAUAAACAAACGGACUCGAGCGACAGCUGUUAUAAAUAUAAAUGUUAAAUCACUCCAUGUUUUUCUAGUGCAAUAAAAAACCGUUUUGAAAAAUGA